AUGUCUGAUUUAAUCAAAAAAUCUCGAUGGGCUGCCGACGAAGAAGAAGAGAGUAAACAAGAACGUGAAAAGCAACAUGAGGAUAAGCAUGUUAGAAAAAAGCAGAAACCAGCAGCAACAGCAUCACCCUCAUCGUCGUCGUCUCCUGCAACAGAAAGAGCUGUUCGACAAGUCAUCAUGCGAACCGAGAAACCAGCUCCCAAGCCAUACCCCUAUCUAAGAGCAUGUCGCCAUGUGGAUUGCUUUGAACGUCUCAAUCACAUUGAAGAAGGUUCUUACGGUAUCGUAUUUCGUGCUCGCGAUAAAGAAACAGACGAGGUGGUCGCGCUGAAAAAGCUAAAGCUGCAGCCCGAAAAUGGUGGAUUUCCUGUCACCAGUUUACGAGAAAUCCAUGCUCUGAUGAUUAUAAAGCAUCCAAACAUUGUCAAUGUCAGAGAGAUUGUCAUGGGGAAUCACAUGGAUCAAGUCUUUAUUGUCAUGGAUUUCAUUGACCAUGACCUGAAGGGUCUGAUGCAAGACAUGCGUUCUCCAUUUUUGCAGUCUGAAAUCAAGACAUUGAUGUUACAAUUGCUGUCAGCGGUGGCGCUGAUGCACGACAAUUGGAUCAUACACCGAGAUCUCAAGACGAGUAAUUUGCUGUUAAACAAUCGAGGUGAAAUCAAGGUGGCAGAUUUUGGUUUAGCAAGGAAAUACGGUAGUCCCAUGGGCAAUAUGACACAGCUGGUGGUGACAUUAUGGUAUAGAGCUCCUGAGCUGUUGUUGGGCGCAAAGGAAUACACAACAGCGAUUGACAUGUGGUCGGUGGGAUGCAUUUUUGCAGAGUUGUUGAACAACGAGGCGCUGUUGCCGGGUAGAAGCGAGAUUGAUCAACUAGACAGAAUUUUCAAAUUAUUAGGUAGCCCAACAGAGGAAAUAUGGCCAGGGUACUCUCAACUCCCUCAUGCAAAGAACAUUGCACCUGUACAUCAACCAUACAGCUCAUUGAGAAGCAAAUUUACAAUACUCACUCAAGCUGGCUUGGAUCUAUUAUCAAAAUUACUCACCUACGAUCCUGCAAAACGUAUCACGGCUGAAGAGGCUCUCAAUCAUCCCUAUUUCAGUGAAAGUCCAGCUCCUCAAGAUCCAUCUCUGUUUCCCACAUGGCCAUCCAAAGGCUCUGGUCACAAAAAACGAGCAUUCAGUCCAUCUGCUCCUGCUGCAGCUCACGGUGAUCAAGGCCAAGAUGAUGAUUUGGCGGGCACAAUCUUUGGUGGACAGACUGAAUCUACUGGUUUCCGUUUAAAGCUUGCAUAA